AUGCUCGUCAGUCUGAUCAACUCCCUCGAAAUAACAACUCCUCUCCAUCUCCUAGCUCAUGAUGUCAGUGUUUCAAUCGGUCAAGAACUACUUGCUCGUCUUGUUCACAAAGAUCAACCCUUUCUCCCAAUUACGUCCAUCGUCUUUCUCAAUGGUGGUGUAUUUCCUUCACAACACAGAGCUCUCUUCGUCCAAAAAGUGCUUCUCAAUCCAUUUUUCGGUCGUCUUCUUCCAGCAAUUCUUCCUGUGAAAUUCUCUUAUCACAACAGUCUAAAUAAAGUAUUUGGCUCAAAGAAAUUAGAUGAAAAAGAACUGUAUCUCUAUGCCAGCCUCUUCUAUCAUCAAGCACCCAUUGGUCAUAUCCAUCAGUUACAAAAGUAUAUUCUUGAAAGACGACAGAAUGCAGAGAGAUGGGAAAAGAGUUUAAGUGAAGCAGCAGCAGUCCCAAUUUGUUUGAUUAAUGGUCCAGCUGAUCCAGUGAGUGGACGACAUCUGGCAGAAUACUUUAAGAAAGUAGUGAAUAAUCCUGAUGUGAUUCUGUUAGCUGAUGAUGUUGGACAUUAUCCAAAUUUGGAAGCACCUGAGGAGGUGUUGAAAUAUUUUGAUAAAUUUCAUAGAAAGAUUGGAACGUAUUGA